AUGGAGUUUGAUAUAAGACUCAUUAAUCGAUGUUCAAAAGAACAUGAGAAGAUCUAUCAACAAUGGUUCAAUUUUGUUGAUUCUGAUGGAGAUGGAUGUCUUACUGGUGGAGAUGCCACCAAGUUUUUAGUCAUGUCCAAUUUGCCUCGAUCAGACCUCAAGCAGGUUGCUGCAUCUAUGAAUCUCAAAGAAGAUACAUUGUUAGCCUUAAGUGAAAAAUAUGAACAAGGAGUACCUAAUUCACCAGAAGUGCAACCUCAAGGAGAGGUCACAAAUGUUGAAUUCUGUGAAGCUAUUCGGAUAUUAAGUCAUGAUGUGACAAAUCAAGUGGGACAAAGGAAGAAUCGUCAGGAAGGGGAUGAUACCUCAAUGAUCCGUGAGUUCUUGGGGAUGAAUCCUCCAAGCUUUACUGGUUCAAGUGUUACUAAGGACCUAGAAAACUUUGUUGAGGAGCUUCGGAAGGUUGAGGAAGAGAAGCUCAAGGAUAGAGAUGAGUUUCGAAAUAAGAGAGCUAAGACAGGAAACGAGUCCGGGAAGCAGAAGAGUAAUGGAAACGGUAAUGGGGGCAAUAGGGCCCACUCUUCUUCAGUUUCUCCACCAGACAGAGUUGCAUCUAGAGGAGCCACUUCAGGGGUAGGCAGAGGAGGAAACCGUUUUUAUGCUAUCACAAGUCGCCAAGAGCAAGAGGAUUCGCCAGAUGUUGUCAGUGGUAUGAUUCAACUCUUUAAAUUUGAUGUUUAUGUUUUGCUAGAGCCAUGA